AUGGCGAGUGAAUACUUUUCAUCGUCUCGCUCGGAUUGGUGCGCGCUGUGCAAAUGUUUCGUACAGCCGCACGGGAACGCCAAGCGCAUGCACGAACGGAGCGAAAAGCACAAGAAGAACGUCGAAAGAAAGUUGAAGGAUAUCAGGCACAAAGAAGCGAAUGAGAAGAAGGAAUCAGAUAAAUUGCAAAAAGAGAUGGCAGAGAUCGAGGCAAAGGCGGCGGAGGCGUACGCAGCGGAUCUUGCAGCGGCUGCGCGUGCAAGGGAGCAAGAGGCGAACGCAAAGAGAGAGCUAGAGACUGCAAUUGAGCGCGAGCUUCAUGCGCGCGAAGAAGCAGAAUAUCGCGCCACGCAAGUCCUGGGGGCUUGGAAGUUUGAUGAAAGAUCGAAGUAUUACUGGCACGCAAAGUCGUCGUGUUACUUCGACCCAAAGACGAAGAUGUACUUCAACAACGGAACGAAGGUAAAGUUGUGCCGACUGCGGCAACUCCUCAGGCGGCAACUCACGGGCAGCAAAUGCCGACUGCGAAGCAAGCCAUAG